CAAAAUAAAAAAAGAAAAGACAAAAAAAAAGCCAAAAGGAGAGGAAGAAAAUAUUGUUGUGAUAUCAAAGGGAAAUCAUUCGGUAUUCUCAUUAUCGUUGCCAUUUCUUAUUAAAUGUGGUAUAUUUCUGUCUCUCUUCACCUUUCUCACCCCCUCCGGUCCAACACCCCCACUAGAUCCUGUUAGGUAAUUUCUAGGGUUUUCAUUGAGCUUCUCUCCAGAAACUAACAAUUGCAAUUCCCAAACGAGUAAUUAACUACUAAUUUACCGAAUAAAGCUUCCCAUACGUCUACCUCAGCCUAGGGUUUCGCCGCUGAUAUAUUGGACGACGAUGCUGCUGAGUUGAGUUGAUAUUUUCUCUUGUUUAUUUUUUUUUUCUUUUGUUUGUAGAAAGAUCUGAUACAAGAGUGAGAAAACAAGGACGAUGCCAUCACUUUCCAUUGAAGAACUCGAAGAACGCCUUUCUGCUGCUGGGAGCAGUCUUCUCCAGCCUUCCACUUCGCCCGAUGACCUCCUGCCUCUUCUCGAUCAAAUUGAGGAACUUCUAUCAAAAGUGGAGCAGUCACCUGCCAAGUCCAUGCAAGAUGCCAUUUCUCCACUAAUGAAGGGGCUGGUCGCGGAAGAGCUAGUGAAGCAUUCUGAUGUUGACGUAAAAGUAGGCGUAGCUUCUUGUAUCAGUGAGAUAACAAGAAUUACUGCACCGGACGCUCCAUACGAUGAUGACAAAAUGAAGGAUGUCUUUCAAUUGAUUGUAUCAUCCUUUGAGAACUUGUCGGACGUGUCCAGCAGAUCCCAUGAAAAAAGGGCCACUAUACUUGAAACUGUGGCCAAAGUCAGGUCCUGUGUCAUCAUGUUGGAUUUAGAAUGUGAUCAGAUGAUUAUUGAGAUGUUCCAACACUUUCUUAACGCUAUUAGAGAUUAUCAUGCCGAAGGAAUUUUUACAUCCAUGGAGACAAUUAUGACUCUUGUGUUAGAAGAAAGUGAAGAUGUUUCCCCAGAUCUACUCAAUCCAAUUUUGGCUACCUUGAAAAGGAAUAAUGAGGCUGCUAUGCCGAUUUCAAAGAAAUUGGCAGAGAGAGUUAUUCAGAACUCAGCGGAGAAGAUUCGAUCUUAUUUAACUCAAGCAGUGAUAUCCUUAGAUGCUGCCUUAAAUGAUUUUGGUGAAGUCGUGGCUUCUGUGUGCCGAGAGAAUACGGGUACAGUCGGGCAUAAUAAUGAGAGCGUCUUAAGAGGCCAGCCGGUCACUAAGGAUAGUAUUCAAGAAACCAUUGAAGACAAAGAUCCCACUAUGACUAACUCACCAAAAUCAAUUGUGAGUAAUGGUGCCAAUGAAACUGGGACUGAACAAAUUAUGACUGAUGGAAAUUCUUCACAGAACACUAAUUCUCACCAACAGCUUGAUGCCAAAUCAAUGUCCAAAGCUGAAUCAGAUGAUUCGGGUGCUCAAACACCAGUGAAGUUGGAAGCGAAAAUGGAGCAUGCAGAAUCUCAGCAGGUGCCAUAUAACCAUGAAAUUCCAAGUAAAGAUGUGCAUAUUUCUCCUACCGAGGUCAAACCUGUUGAACCUGUUAAAUCUUUGGACAAAGUAAAAGACACCACUGCUCAGAUUUUACCAUCAGAAUCACCUGAGAAUGAGGCCGUGAAUGAAACAUCUCCUACCCAAAGUGGCAGCCCUAUCCAUGAGAGCCGAGCUGAAAAGGACUGUCUUGCAAAUAGGAAGGAGAACUUUGUUGAAGAAGAGAUAGAAUCUGUUGAUACUGAUUCUAAGAAAACAUCUGAAGGAGAAUAUAUCUCAGAAGAAAAGAAGCAGCUGUGCUCAGGAAACAAGAUGGCUGAAGAGACAACCGACAAGGAUAAAUCGACUGAAGACGGAGCAUCGAAGGCCGAUGAUGGCGGUACAAGUGAUUCGGAGGCAAGAUCACCUGACCAGACAGAUCAGCUGGGGGAUGCUAGUAAUAAGAUGGAUGAAGGAUCCUCAUUAAGGAAAGAAGAUGGCGAAAAGAGAGGACGCAUGAGACCUACAAUUGAAAAAGAUGUUCUGAAAUCUUCUGCGAGAGAAGAUCGUGGGAAAGGCACAGUGACUUCGCCAAGGUCACCUUUAAAAUCAAUGAAAGAUGAAUGCAUCCGCGAAGAAACCCCAAAAACGAAUACCAAGAGAAAGCGAACUUCAGGUGUAGAGAAAGACUCAAUUGUUACUCUUAAUGUGGACUUGUUCGGAGAGGCCAAUGAUUGCACCAAGUCGUGGAUGGAAAUUCUCUUCUCAUGAAUGUAUACAUGUGUUGCUGGCAAUUUACCAAGCAUUUUGAUCAUCUGUCUCUUGAACCUUUCAUCUUCCAUUUGAUUUUUAGUAGUGAACAUAGUCCUUUUUUUGUAUCCCAUUUGUUUUGAUGGUUAUGAAGUUUGAAAUAGUUUAUUUGUUUGUUUGUCAAAUUUUGCUUAAUGAGUCGUUUGAAGCUGUUUCCAAAUAGUUGGAAAAAUCUCGUGGAGAAAAUAAGGAAUUCCAUUGAAGUAUGUCAGAUCAGUGAACUCUUUCAUGGAACCAUCACAUGAUUUCAAACAAAC